GAGGGGGAGACGCAAGAUGGCGGCAGCCGCGAACUCCGGCUCCAGCCUCCCGCUGUUCGACUGCCCGACCUGGGCAGGUAAACCCCCACCUGGUUUACAUCUGGAUGUAGUCAAAGGAGACAAACUAAUUGAGAAACUGAUUAUUGAUGAGAAGAAGUAUUACUUAUUUGGGAGAAACCCUGAUUUGUGUGACUUUACCAUUGACCACCAGUCUUGCUCUCGGGUCCACGCUGCCUUGGUCUACCACAAGCAUCUGAAGAGAGUUUUCCUAAUAGAUCUCAACAGUACACACGGCACCUUCUUGGGUCACAUUCGGUUGGAGCCUCACAAGCCUCAGCAAAUUCCCAUCGACUCCACGGUCUCCUUUGGCGCGUCCACAAGAGCGUACACUCUGCGUGAGAAGCCUCAGACACUGCCAUCGGCUGUGAAAGGAGAUGAGAAGAUGGGUGGCGAGGAUGAUGAACUCAAGGGCUUACUGGGGCUUCCAGAGGAGGAGACCGAGCUUGAUAACCUGACAGAGUUCAACACUGCCCACAACAAGCGGAUUUCCACCCUUACCAUAGAGGAGGGGAAUCUGGACAUUCAGAGACCAAAGAGGAAGAGGAAGAACUCACGGGUGACUUUCAGUGAGGAUGAUGAGAUCAUCAACCCAGAGGAUGUGGAUCCCUCAGUUGGUCGCUUCCGGAACAUGGUGCAGACAGCAGUGGUCCCCGUCAAGAAGAAGCGGGUGGAGGGCCCUGGCUCCCUGGGCCUGGAGGAAACGGGGGGCAGGCGCAUACAGAACUUUGCUUUCAGUGGAGGACUCUACGGGGGCCUGCCCCCCACGCACAAUGAAGCUGGCUCCCAGCCUCAUGGCAUCCACGGGACAGCACUGAUUGGGGGCUUACCCAUGCCGUACCCCAACCUCGCCCCGGACGUGGACUUGACUCCCGUCGUCCCAUCAGCAGUGAACAUGAACCCUGCCCCGAACCCUGCCGUCUAUAACCCCGAAGCUGUCAACGAACCCAAAAAGAAGAAAUAUGCAAAAGAAGCUUGGCCGGGCAAGAAGCCCACACCUUCCUUACUGAUUUGAUAUUUUUGGUCAUGGAGAAGGGGGGUAGGGUGGGAUUGGGGUGAAGGGUGAUGGGGGAGUUAAUGAACUAGGGAGAAAACUUUCCAUGUGUGCAGUAUCGUCUUUCAGAAUGUCUCCUGGGGUCCUAACCAUGUACUAUUAAAACCGGGGUGGGUUGAACUAUCCUGUGAAGACCUGUCUUCAGAACACUUUCAGCGUGGAGAAGUGUUUCACAUUUUCCUUUGAAUAGACCGCCUGGCUUCUUCCGGGCUUUCCAUUACCUCCUUUUUCUUUUCUCCCUCUUCCUAAGAUAAUUUUUAUUUAAAAAUCACAUGCCCUGAGGAAAGACUCCAGGCUUUAAAGGUUGAAACCAGAGCUGUGAAGGCAUCACCUGCCUAACUUGGAUUCACUGUCCCUGCAAGCUGUAGGUGGCAGAAGCGUUGCCAAGGCUCUCGGGUCGGCUUUAAACUCUAAAAUGUUUUCCUGGGUCAGUGGUUUUGAGGUCCAGUAGCUAGUCUCUCCUGCCCUUUCUGUUGGACUGAGGACAUUUCGGUUUUCCUUGUGUGUGACCAGUGCCAUGGACACAGGUUGAUGGUUUUAAACUUGUUUGAAUUUUGCCUGUUUUUCUUGUCAUACCUGAGUACUCUUCUUACCUAAGUUCCUCAUUUGAUUCCAGAGAACUACCCUCUACUCUCAGACAUUACUUUUCUUCUCAAGUGUGCUGUGAAGGCGUUUUUUUUUUUUUUUUUUUUUUUUUUUUUUUUUUAAGGAUAUGGCCAGUUGGAGAAUUUCAUUUACAAGGGAAAUAGGUUUACUUUGCAAGGCGACCGCUGUCUCUGAGAGGACCUCUUUAGGUGUUGGCUUCGAGGCUCUCCCCCUCGACAGAGCUCUCGUUAUCCGGAACUCCAGGUAGACCUGGCUAACAGCACAGGAGACCAAGGUAGGAAACAUCGACAGGAGAUUUGUACAGAGAUUUGUACAUUUGUGUAAUAGGCCUUUUCAAGCUUUAUGUGUAGCUUUUUACCUGUAACCUUUAUUACACUGUAAAUUAAAUGUAACUUUUGUCAUUUGGGUGCUGUCUGACUCCGUCGCUAUCACCACUGCCACUAGGGAGCAGUUUUGGGGAGGAAAAGCUGUCAGACUUGGGAGGUGAUACUCUGUCCCCGUUUUAUUGCCACAAAUAAAGAUGUGCCUGA